AUGGCUCGCUUCGGGGAGGCGGUGGUCGGCAGGCCGGGGUCGGGCGAUGGAGACUCGGACCAGAGCAGGAACCGGCAAGGAACCCCGGUGCCGGCCUCGGGGCCAGCGGCCGCCUACAAGCAGUCGAAAGCGCAGAGGGCGCGGACUAUGGCUUUGUACAACCCCAUUCCCGUCCGGCAGAACUGUUUCACCGUCAACAGAUCCCUGUUCAUCUUCGGAGAAGAUAAUAUUGUCAGGAAAUACGCCAAGAAGCUCAUCGAUUGGCCGCCGUUUGAGUACAUGAUUUUGGCCACCAUCAUUGCCAACUGCAUUGUCUUGGCCCUGGAACAGCAUCUUCCUGAGGAUGACAAGACCCCGAUGUCCCGCAGACUGGAAAAGACAGAACCAUAUUUCAUUGGGAUCUUUUGCUUUGAAGCUGGUAUCAAAAUUGUGGCCCUGGGGUUCAUCUUCCAUAAGGGCUCGUACCUCCGCAAUGGCUGGAAUGUCAUGGAUUUCAUCGUGGUCCUCAGUGGCAUCCUGGCUACAGCAGGAACCCACUUCAACACACAUGUGGACCUGAGGACCCUUCGGGCUGUGCGUGUCCUGAGGCCCCUGAAGCUCGUGUCAGGGAUACCUAGCCUACAGAUUGUGUUGAAGUCCAUCAUGAAGGCCAUGGUGCCUCUUCUGCAAAUUGGCCUUCUGCUCUUCUUUGCCAUCUUGAUGUUUGCCAUCAUUGGCUUGGAGUUCUACAGUGGGAAGUUGCACCGGGCAUGUUUCACGAACAGUUCAGGCAUUCUAGAAGGAUUUGACCCUCCUCACCCAUGUGGUGUGCAGGGCUGCCCAGCUGGUUAUGAAUGCAAGGACUGGAUUGGCCCCAACGAUGGGAUCACCCAGUUUGAUAACAUCCUUUUUGCUGUGCUGACUGUCUUCCAAUGCAUCACCAUGGAAGGAUGGACCACCGUGCUGUACAAUACCAAUGAUGCCUUAGGAGCCACCUGGAAUUGGCUGUACUUCAUCCCCCUCAUCAUCAUUGGAUCCUUCUUUGUUCUCAACCUCGUUCUGGGAGUGCUUUCCGGGGAAUUUGCCAAAGAGAGAGAGAGAGUGGAGAACCGGAGAGCUUUCAUGAAAUUGCGGCGGCAGCAGCAGAUUGAGCGUGAGCUGAAUGGGUACCGCGCCUGGAUAGACAAAGCAGAGGAAGUCAUGCUUGCUGAAGAAAAUAAAAACGCUGGAACAUCAGCCUUAGAAGUGCUUCGAAGGGCAACCAUCAAAAGGAGCCGGACAGAGGCCAUGACUCGAGACUCCAGCGAUGAGCACUGUGUUGAUAUCUCCUCUGUGGGCACACCUCUUGCCCGAGCCAGCAUCAAAAGUGCAAAGGUGGAUGGGGCCUCCUAUUUCCGGCACAAAGAAAGGCUUCUGCGCAUCUCUAUCCGCCACAUGGUCAAAUCCCAGGUGUUUUACUGGAUUGUGUUGAGCCUUGUGGCUCUCAACACUGCCUGUGUGGCCAUCGUCCAUCACAACCAGCCCCAGUGGCUCACCCAUCUCCUCUACUAUGCAGAAUUUCUGUUUCUGGGACUGUUCCUCUUGGAGAUGUCCUUGAAGAUGUAUGGCAUGGGGCCUCGACUUUACUUUCACUCUUCAUUCAACUGUUUUGAUUUUGGGGUCACAGUGGGCAGUAUCUUUGAAGUGGUCUGGGCAAUCUUCAGACCUGGUACAUCUUUUGGAAUCAGUGUCUUGCGAGCUCUCCGGCUUCUAAGAAUAUUUAAAAUAACCAAGUAUUGGGCAUCUCUGCGAAAUCUGGUGGUCUCCUUGAUGAGUUCUAUGAAGUCUAUCAUCAGUUUGCUCUUCCUCCUCUUCCUCUUCAUCGUUGUCUUUGCUCUCCUAGGAAUGCAGCUGUUUGGGGGCAGGUUUAACUUUAAUGAUGGGACUCCUUCAGCAAACUUUGACACCUUUCCGGCAGCCAUCAUGACUGUAUUCCAGAUCCUAACAGGUGAGGACUGGAAUGAGGUUAUGUACAAUGGGAUCCGCUCCCAGGGUGGAGUUAGCUCAGGCAUGUGGUCAGCUAUCUAUUUCAUUGUGCUCACCUUGUUUGGAAACUACACACUGCUGAAUGUGUUCUUGGCCAUUGCUGUAGACAAUCUGGCCAAUGCCCAAGAGCUGACCAAGGAUGAACAAGAAGAAGAGGAGGCCUUCAACCAGAAACAUGCAUUGCAGAAGGCCAAGGAGGUCAGCCCGAUGUCUGCACCCAACAUGCCUUCUAUCGAAAGAGACAGAAGGAGAAGACACCACAUGUCGAUGUGGGAGCCACGCAGCAGCCACCUGAGGGAGCGGAGGCGCCGGCACCACAUGUCAGUGUGGGAGCAGCGCACCAGCCAGCUGAGAAGGCACAUGCAGAUGUCCAGCCAGGAGGCCCUCAACAAAGAGGAGGCCCCACCAAUGAACCCCCUCAACCCCCUCAACCCGCUGAGCCCCCUCAACCCACUCAACGCCCACCCGAGCCUCUACCGGAGACCCAGACCCAUUGAGGGCCUGGGCCUGGGCCUGGAGAAAUGUGAGGAGGAGCGCAUUAGCCGCGGGGGGUCCCUCAAGGGGGACGGAGGGGACCUGCCGAGUGCCUUGGACAACCAGAGGAGCCCCUUGUCCUUGGGCAAACGGGAGCCACCAUGGCUGGCCAGGCCGUGUCAUGGGAACUGUGAUUCGACCCAGCAGGAGGCUGGGGGAGGGGAGACUGUGGUGACCUUCGAGGACCGGGCCAGGCACAGGCAGAGCCAGCGGCGCAGCAGGCACCGUCGUGUCAGGACCGAAGGCAAGGAACCCUCCUCCACCUCCCGGAGCAGGUCUGCCAGCCAGGAGCGGAGUCUGGAUGAAGGGGGGCCCACCGAGGGGGAGAAGGACCGCGAGCCCAGGGCCAGCCACGGGGGCAAGGAACCCACAAUCCAGGAAGAGGAAAGAGGCCAAGACUUAAGGAGGACCAACAGUCUGAUGGUGCCCAGAGGCUCCGGGCUGGCAGGAGCCCUCGACGAGGCCAACACACCCUUAGUCCAGCCGCAGCCAGAGUUGGAAAUGGGGAAGGACACGGCUCUGACAGAGCAGGAGCCGGAGGGCAGCAGUGAGCAAGCUCUGCUGGGGGAUGUGCAGUUGGACAUGGGCCGGGCCAUCAGUCAGAGUGAGCCCGACCUCUCCUGUGUCACGGCCAACACGGACAAGGCCACCACUGAGAGUACCAGCGUCACCGUCGCCAUCCCCGACGUGGGCCCCUUGGUGGACUCAACUGUGGUUCACAUUAGCAACAAGACUGAUGGAGAAGCCAGUCCUUUGAAGGAGGCAGAGAUCAAAGAGGAGGAGGAAGAGGUAGAGAAGAAGCAGCAAAAGAAGGAGAAGCGUGAGACUGGCAAAGCCAUGGUUCCCCACAGCUCUAUGUUCAUCUUCAGCACCACCAACCCGAUUCGCAGGGCCUGCCACUACAUUGUGAACCUGCGCUACUUUGAGAUGUGCAUUCUCCUGGUGAUCGCAGCCAGCAGCAUUGCCCUGGCAGCCGAGGACCCUGUCCUGACCAACUCGGAGCGCAACAAAGUCCUGAGGUAUUUUGACUAUGUUUUCACUGGCGUGUUCACCUUUGAGAUGGUUAUAAAGAUGAUAGACCAGGGCUUGAUCCUGCAGGAUGGGUCCUACUUCCGAGACCUAUGGAACAUCCUGGACUUUGUGGUGGUGGUUGGCGCAUUGGUGGCCUUUGCUUUGGCGAACGCCUUGGGAACUAACAAGGGGCGGGACAUCAAGACCAUCAAAUCUCUGAGGGUGCUCCGAGUUCUGAGACCGCUGAAGACCAUCAAGCGCUUGCCCAAGCUCAAGGCUGUCUUUGAUUGCGUGGUGACUUCCUUGAAGAAUGUCUUCAACAUACUCAUUGUCUACAAGCUCUUCAUGUUCAUCUUCGCUGUCAUCGCAGUUCAGCUCUUCAAGGGAAAGUUCUUUUAUUGCACGGACAGUUCCAAGGACACAGAGAAGGAGUGCAUAGGCAACUAUGUAGAUCAUGAAAAAAACAAGAUGGAGGUGAAAGGCCGGGAAUGGAAGCGCCAUGAAUUCCACUACGACAACAUUAUCUGGGCCCUGCUGACCCUCUUCACUGUCUCCACAGGGGAAGGAUGGCCUCAAGUCUUACAGCAUUCUGUCGAUGUGACAGAGGAAGACCGAGGACCAAGCCGCAGCAACCGCAUGGAGAUGUCCAUCUUUUACGUGGUCUACUUUGUGGUCUUCCCUUUCUUCUUUGUCAAUAUCUUUGUGGCUCUCAUCAUCAUCACCUUCCAGGAGCAAGGAGACAAGAUGAUGGAGGAGUGCAGCCUGGAGAAGAACGAGAGGGCGUGCAUCGACUUCGCCAUCAGUGCCAAACCUCUCACCCGCUACAUGCCACAGAACAGGCAUACCUUCCAGUACCGCGUCUGGCACUUCGUGGUGUCGCCGUCCUUUGAGUACACCAUUAUGGCCAUGAUCGCCUUGAACACCGUCGUGCUGAUGAUGAAGUACUACUCUGCUCCCUGUACCUAUGAACUGGCCCUGAAGUACCUGAAUAUUGCCUUCACCAUGGUGUUUUCUCUGGAAUGUGUCCUAAAGAUCAUCGCGUUUGGCUUCUUGAACUAUUUUCGAGAUACCUGGAAUAUCUUUGACUUUAUCACCGUGAUUGGCAGUAUCACAGAAAUCAUUCUGACAGACAGCAAGCUGGUGAACACCAGUGGCUUCAAUAUGAGCUUUCUGAAGCUCUUCCGAGCUGCUCGUCUUAUCAAGCUUCUACGUCAGGGCUACACCAUCCGUAUUUUACUUUGGACUUUUGUACAGUCCUUUAAGGCCCUCCCCUACGUCUGCCUUUUGAUUGCCAUGCUUUUCUUCAUCUAUGCCAUCAUUGGGAUGCAGGUAUUCGGAAACAUAAAAUUAGAUGAGGAGAGUCACAUCAACCGACACAACAACUUCCGGAGUUUCUUCGGGUCCCUCAUGUUACUCUUCAGGAGUGCCACAGGUGAGGCCUGGCAGGAGAUAAUGCUGUCGUGCCUCGGGGAGAAAGGCUGUGAGCCCGACACCACUGCGCCAUCAGGGCAGAAUGAGAAUGAGCGCUGUGGCACCGAUCUGGCCUAUGUUUACUUUGUCUCCUUCAUCUUCUUCUGCUCCUUCUUGAUGCUCAACCUGUUUGUGGCCGUCAUCAUGGACAACUUUGAGUACCUGACUCGGGACUCAUCCAUCCUAGGGCCUCACCACUUGGACGAGUUUGUCCGCGUCUGGGCAGAAUAUGACAGAGCUGCAUGUGGCCGCAUCCAUUACACUGAGAUGUAUGAAAUGCUGACUCUCAUGUCACCACCGCUAGGCCUCGGCAAGAGAUGUCCCUCCAAAGUGGCAUAUAAGAGGUUGGUCCUGAUGAAUAUGCCAGUAGCUGAGGACAUGACAGUCCACUUCACCUCCACACUCAUGGCUCUGAUACGGACAGCACUGGACAUCAAAAUCGCCAAAGGUGGUGCAGACAGACAGCAGCUAGACUCAGAACUACAAAAGGAGACCCUGGCCAUCUGGCCUCACCUAUCCCAGAAGAUGCUAGAUCUGCUCGUGCCCAUGCCCAAAGCCUCUGACCUGACUGUGGGCAAAAUCUAUGCAGCAAUGAUGAUCAUGGACUACUAUAAACAGAGUAAGGUGAAGAAGCAGAGGCAGCAGCUGGAGGAACAGAAAAACGCACCCAUGUUCCAGCGCAUGGAGCCUUCAUCUCUGCCUCAGGAGAUCAUUGCUAAUGCCAAAGCCCUGCCUUAUCUCCAGCAGGACCCUGUCUCAGGCUUGAGUGGCCGUAGUGGAUACCCUUCGAUGAGUCCGCUCUCCCCCCAGGAAAUAUUCCAGUUGGCUUGUAUGGACCCAGCCGAUGAUGGACAGUUUCAGGAACAGCAGUCUCUGGAGCCAGAGGUUAGUGAAUUAAAAAGCGUGCAGUCCUCUAACCAUGGCAUCUACCUUCCUUCGGACACCCAGGAGCAUACGGGAUCUGGGAGGGCAUCCUCUAUGCCACGCCUGACUGUGGAUCCCCAGGUGGUGACAGACCCUAGCUCCAUGAGACGCUCAUUUUCCACCAUUCGGGAUAAGCGUUCAAAUUCCUCAUGGUUGGAGGAAUUCUCUAUGGAGAGAAGCAGUGAAAACACCUACAAGUCACGUCGCCGGAGUUACCACUCCUCCCUGAGACUGUCAGCUCAUCGCCUGAAUUCUGACUCAGGCCACAAGUCUGACACCCACCGCUCAGGGGGCAGAGAGCGGGGACGUUCAAAAGAGCGAAAGCAUCUUCUCUCUCCCGAUGUCUCCCGCUGCAACUCAGAGGAGCGAGGGACCCAGGCUGACUGGGAGUCCCCCGAGCGCCAUGAGUCCAGGUCUCCCAGCGAGGGCAGGUCACAGACCCCCAACAGACAGGGCACGGGUUCCCUGAGUGAGAGCUCCAUCCCCUCCAUCUCUGACACCAGCACUCCGAGACGAAGUCGCCGGCAGCUCCCGCCCGUGCCACCAAAGCCUCGGCCCCUCCUUUCCUACAGCUCCCUGAUUCGACACACCGGGAGCAUGUCUCCACCGGCUGAUGGAAGUGAGGGUGGCUCUCCGAUGGCCUCCCAAGCCCUGGAGAGCCCUGAGGCCGGCCUGGCGGAGUCUUCCAGCUCCCGGCACGUACAGCAGGGUCAGCACGCCUCCCCACAGCGCUACAUCUCCGAGCCCUACCUGGCCCUGCACGAAGACUCCCACGCCUCGGACUGUGGCGAGGAGGAGACGCUCACCUUCGAAGCAGCUGUGGCCACCAGCCUGGGCCGCUCCAACACCAUCGGCUCGGCCCCACCGCUGCGGCACAGCUGGCAGAUGCCCAAUGGGCACUAUCGACGGCGGAGGCGCGGGGGGCCCGGGCCGGGUGUGAUGUGUGGGGCUGUCAGCGACCUCCUGAGUGACACGGAAGAGGACGACAAGUGCUAGAGGCUGCUCCCCCCUCCGAUGCAUGCUCUUCUCUCACACGGAGAAAACCAGGACCGAAUUGGGAAGCCAGUGCUGCCCGGGGGGGGAGGAAGAGGGAGGAGGAAGAGAGAAGGACACCAUGCAUUAUUGGACAAGACGAAGGAAAGGACCCAAGGAAAACCAGUCGAACGCGCCCGAUUGCUUUACUUCCCUUUGCAAGAUGGGCACUGCCAUAGUUUUGCCUCUUUGCUGGGGAAAGGAAAUACAAGAACA